GAAGCUGUUCUGCUGCAAUGUCACUGUUAACACUGCCAUUGCAGACUGCCAGCACCUGCUGUUGCCGCGGAAGAUAGAGGUCUCUCAGCUGGGCAGACCCCCAGGGUAGCUGGGCACAGGGUGAGGCUGGGAAGUAGAGAGCCUGAUGGGCAGCACCAUGGAGCCCCCGGGGGGUGCAUACCUGCACUUAGGCGCUGUGACCUCACCAGUGGGUACAGCCCGAAUGCUGCAACUGGCCUUUGGCUGUACCACUUUCAGUUUGGUUGCUCACCGAGGUGGUUUUGGGGGCGUGCAGGGCACUUUCUGCAUGGCUGCUUGGGGCUUCUGUUUUGCCUUCUCGGUCCUGGUGGUAGCCUGUGAGUUCACAAGGCUCCACAGCUGCCUGCGCCUUUCCUGGGGCAACUUCACAGCAGCCUUCGCCAUGUUGGCGACCCUGCUGUGUGCCACAGCCGCUGUCAUCUACCCUCUGUACUUCACCCGACUGGAGUGCCCACCUGAGCCUGCCGGAUGUAUGGUCCGAAACUUCCGCCUGGCAGCCAGCGUCUUCGCAGGACUCCUCUUUCUGGCCUAUGCUGCUGAAGUUGCCCUGACUCGGGCCCGGCCAGGUCAGGUAGCCAGCUAUAUGGCUACAGUGUCCGGGCUGCUUAAGAUCGUCCAGGCCUUUGUGGCUUGCAUCAUCUUUGGAGCACUUGUCCACGAGAGUCGCUACGGGCGCUACGUGGCCACGCAGUGGUGUGUGGCUGUCUACAGCCUGUGCUUCAUGGCCACAGUGGCUGUGGUGGUCCUAAGUGUGAUGGGACACACAGGGGGCCUGGGGUGCCCGUUUGACCGCCUAGUGGUAGUGUAUACCUUCCUGGCUGUGCUCCUAUACCUCAGUGCCGCAGUCAUUUGGCCAGUCUUCUGUUUCGACCCCAAGUACGGGGAGCCAGGGCGGCCCUCGGACUGCCCCCGAGGCAGCUGCCCCUGGGACAGCCAGUUGGUGGUAGCUAUUUUCACCUACGUCAACCUGCUCCUUUACAUCGUAGACCUCGCUUACUCCCAGAGGAUCCGCUUCGUGCCCACCCUGUAGCCUGGCCAGCGAUGGCCCAUCUCCUCUCUCUGGCUGAGAGCACCUACAGCUGACCAAGGUGAACUAAGACAUAGGGAAGGAAGAGGGAGGUCGGGGGGCUCAGACGAUUCUGCUCUCGGAUGGAGGGGCAGGAGGUCCUGAGCAAGGAAGAGUGUGGCUAAAGACUCUCAGUCUUCCUGUCUCCCUGUUUCUCAGUCUCCUGGCCUUUGCUGGGCUUGGUGCUAGUCACCAUACCAAAUGGGGACUUUCUGGAGCAGAUACGGUUAUAAUCCAUUUUGCAGAUGGGAACAUUAAAGCUAAAUGGACUUCAGAGGCGGGCCGGUGUCAGCGUCUUGAGAUAGCAUUUAGCUGGGAUAAUGUAAAUUAGAAAUCGGCCAACUUGGGCUGGAGAGAUGGCUCAGUGGUUAAGAGCACCCGACUACUCUUCCAGAAGUCCUGAGUUCAAAUUCCAGCAACCACAUGGUGGCUCACAACCAUCUGUAAUGGGGAUCCGAUACCCUCCUCUGGUGUGUCUGAAGAGAGCUACAGUGUACUUAUAUAUAAUAAAUAAAUAAAUCUUUAAAAAAAAA